CAAAAAUUGAUUUUUUUUUUAAUAACCUCAUCUUUUAAGGGGGGUUUUUGGUAAAUAAGUGAAUAAUCCAAAAAAUGAGCACAAAACCGAAAUUGGCAGAAAAAAACGGCACAAUAAAAGCCAAAGAGCUUUCGGUUUGGACCAGGGCUAUCACGGCAAACUCUGAAUGGCCGGACAAAGAUGAGUUUCUAGACGUUAUUUAUUGGUCCAGACAAGUUCUGGGCAUUAUUUUGGGAAUUAUAUGGGGUAUAUUUCCACUUAAAGGAUUCUUAGGAUUAGCCUUGUUUUUCAUCAUUAACGCUGGCAUACUGUAUUUCUACUUCAGUAAUUUCCAAUGCGUAGAUGAAGAAGAAUACGGAGGCCCCUGGGAGUUAACGAAAGAAGGUUUCAUGACAUCUUUUGCCGGUUUUCUAGUCACUUGGAUAAUCAUCUACACUGGUCUACAUUACGAGCCGGACGAUACUUUAUGAUACUCAUUUUGUAAUGUAGAUAAAAGCCAAGAACCAAUUUUUUGUUAAUUUAGUAUCCAGCAUUCCUCGAUUGUAGAUUUUUAUAUUUGUUUGUUAUUGCCAGAGAUUAGAGGGAAGAAUAAAAGACUCAAUUUAAGUAAGGAAUAAGUUUUUUCUUGUUAAAAUAUACAUACAAUACAAAAAAAAAAAAAAUAUUUUCAGUCGACUAUAAAGAUGGAAGCAUUUUUCAUACAGACAUAAAAUAAUAAAAAUAUAAUAAUAUAUUAAAAACAUUGCAAUUUUCUUUUUAAAAUAACAUCACAAUAAUACUGGACUUCUACUUACUGGCUGGCCAUGAAAAGAGUAAAUACGAAAUUAAAAGCACAAAAGCUACAUAAAAAUAAAAUGUAUUUACAAUAAAGGUUUUGGAAAAUACGAGAGACGAAAUUUUUAUCACAAAUACAACCUAAACGCUAUCUAAUAGUUAAUUGUUUUCAAUAAUUUUCAGAUGCCACGGGUAACAUUUUCAACUGGUCAAUUCUACUAGUAAAAUCUUAAUGCUGGUAAAUCAUUGAUUGAUUUGUCCCAGUUUUUCAAAAGUUAACUGGCGCAAAUAUUUUUAAUAAAAAUAUUUUUUUUUUUUGAAGUUACCAAGAAUAAAUUUCAAGAGAGCAGCUUUUCUCAUAUAGUUAUGAUAGGCCAACUAUUACAGGAAGAUACUUAUAUAAAGAUCACUAGAACUAUUGUAAAUGCCUGGUCUAGAUGGUAAUAAAAUCUAUUCAAUUUACAUUUAACAUUUGCCUAUUUUUUUAAUUAUAAAUGUCAAAAGUGCAUACAGGGUGUUAGUAAAAUAUUCUAUUGCAAAUUGCAAAUGGAAACUUCAAGUAAUUUCCAACCGAAAAAUACUCACCCUGUAUAAAACUUGUACAUACGCACAAUCAAAUAAGUUUUUAUUACAAAAAAAAAAAAUUGCUGGCAGUUGAUUAGAUUAAAUGGCAUUCUGGCCUGUCUCAAUGUUGGACCAAGAAAAUAAUUUUUUCCUUAAAAUAUUCAACUACUUUUCCUUCUUAAACAGCUACAAGAACAUUGUUUAGGCCCUAGAUAUUUCAACUUGAAUUCUUAUUAUUGCACUCGAAUAGGACAUUAACAAACCGAGCCUUGAAAGUAGACAAAAGCUAUUUGCAUGUCUUCAAUGGUUUGGGGGUUGGGAAUUAUACUGUAUAAAUAAUGCCCAAAAUGGAAAUAGAAUUAAAAAAAAAAAGAUAAAUAUUUUCCGCUCUAUUUCUCAUGUUUUUUGUCUCAAUUUAUGUCUAUUCUAGGUUCUUGGAAUAGUUAAUGUUAUAAGUAUCCUUAUUAUAUUUGUUUCAAAAGGUAUCAAAGGUAUAUUCUUCUUCUUCUUAUGAGUUUAUUGUAGCGUUAGUGCAAAGUACCCUUACGCUGUAACAGAUGAGUCUAAUUGCUACUUAUGUUGUGUUUAAAGUUAACUUGUUGUUCAGGGAGUGGGGAUAGGAUAGAAGAGGAUGGGGAAGGAGGGAAGGGAAUUUCAUUCUUUAGAAAAGAAGCGGAGCAUUUAGAUUUCUGAGAGUAGUUCUGUUAGGGUUAAUAGUAAAGUUAUCGUCGGAUAAGUUUUUAAUGAUAUCAUUAGUAUGGUUAGUAACUGUUUCAAGAAACCGAGUAUGUUUCCCAACAAGGUAUUCCUGGAUUCGGUAUGUAGGUCCGCAUUGCGAACAUACCACGGAGCGCCGACCAUCCUACGGAUUACCUUGUUUUGAAACACCUGCAUUUUCUUUUUAUUUUGCCGUGAUGACUGUGAGACAACUGGUCCACCAUACAGUAAUGAAGGUCUAAUCACUUGCUUGUAUAGUAGUAACAGUUUGUUUUUGAGAGUCAGUUUACUGUUCUUGUUAAGUAGUGGGUGAAGCAAUCCGGCUAAUCUGUUACAUUUAUUUAAUUUAUGAAUAAUGUGGGAAGUCCAAGAAAGUUUGUUAUUCUGUAUUAGCCCUAAGUAUUUAAUUUGAUUAGUCAAUGUUAUUUCUGAAUCGUCCAGUAUCAGGUUGUCAAUAUGUCUGUUCCAUUUGCUUGGGUCUUAUCGAUGUUUAUUUUAAUUUUUCAUAACUUUGUCUAGUCAAUUAUGGAGUCGAGAUGAUUUUGUAGUCGUCUAUGUAUAUGAUGUGAGUACUUUUGUGAAGUGUAAAUACAAGUGUCAUCUGCGAGAAGAUGGACAAUUUAGUAUGAGGAUUAUUGAGGAUGUCAGCCGUGUAAAUAUUAUAGAACAGUGGAGCCAAGACAGAACCUUGAGGAACUCCUACUUCUAUAGGUCUGACAUAGAUUUCUCUAUAGCGCCUGUCUACGUCCUCUUCAUGAUUAAUAUUGUCAUCAGGCUCUUCGUUAAGUGGAAAUUUUGAUUGAAGUGCGUCAGCAAAAGCUCCUGCUUUUUCUUGAUUAGUAAACACCAAACCAGCUCUACCAUGAAUGAUGGAAAUUUGCCUAUUUUUCUUAUUUAGAAGAGAACGAAUCAUUUUCCAUAUGGAGUUAUCCUCAGGGGACAAGUCAGCUAGUAGAUUACCCUAUUUUUCGUUUCUAUGUUCCUCAAUUAAAGUUUUAAUUAGGUUUGUAAGCCUGUUACACUCACGUUUGAUGUUUGGGUAUCUAGUCCUUAUUGCCAGUCUUUUAAGUCGAUUUUUCAACUUAAUUUGCUGGCGUAUGUCAUGUGGUAGUAAGUUAGGGUUAUUUUGUUUGGUAGUUAUAGUACUUUUAUGGCGUUUCCGAUUGGUAAAUUCAGUGCGCACUGAGUGUAUUUGUAUCCUUUAAAUCAACCUGUAGAAGAAAAAGACAGAAAUAGAAAAAAUUGCACUAGUUCCGCACUAAAUCUACCAAUCGGAAACGCCAUUAGUGUUCUUUAAACAGUCAUUUAUUUCUCGAGUAAAUGUGUUAAUAGCAUUGUUAAUGUCCAGAGUCGUGUUUAAUACGUCUGGUGGGAUAUGAUUGGCUCAAGAUGAGAUGCAAAUUGCGGAUAAUUGUUAAAGGAAAAAGUGUGGUGAGUGUUGACAUUUUGAAUCUGAUUACCAACUUUGAGACUAAUUUGAUUGUGGUCAGAGUUGAGAUCGUUAAUAUUGCCAAUACAAAUGUUAUGGGGGACAUGGGACAUUUUUGGUUAGAGCAAGGUCUUGAAUAUCAGGGGUAAUAUAAUGAAAGUGAGUUGAUUUUAAUGGAGCAUGAACUGAAAUAAGGUUGUCCUGGGUGAAUUGAAGCAAAAAAAUGCCCGCUGUGUUAUUAGCUCGGCACCCUCAGGCUCUAUUUUUGCAACUGAAAUCCCCUGUAACUACAGUUGGAGUAUCAGAACCGAAGAAAAGGUUCAUCAGAUGAUAUCAUUAUGGGUUAAGGAUUUAGAAGGAGGCUUAUAAACACUGAAUAAAUUAAGAGGGCCGCCUGCAACGUGCAACUCAGAAUGCGGCUUGGAUUGAAGGAAAUUAUCCGUCGAACAUUUUCAUACCAAAAAUUACCAUGUUGCUUAUGUGAUACGCCAACAUGGUAACUUUUUAUAUAAAAAUAUCUGAUUCGUUAACUCUGCAUUGGAGGAUAAGAGGAUCGGAAAGUUUCCUUCAAUCCAAGCCGCAAUCGACCUUGACACUCUAACAAGCCAUCUUGAUUUUUACAAAUUCUGGCUUGAAGCGUGAGAAUUUUCAUUGAGAUUUGCUUCCUUUGGGUAGGUUUUUGAAUUUUAUAGCCAUCCCGUUACUCACUACUCUCGCUACUGAUAAUUUUUUCUCUGGGAUACUGAUCUGGUGCAAUUUAACUGAUACUACUACUACUGAUACUCUGACAGUCAUACCCGGGACAUUGCCUGAUAUAGGUUUUUUACGUUAUAUUUAGGAUAACAAGGAUAGACAAUGUUUUCAAUGCCUAUUUUUUUUUUAUAAUUUGCCAUCAUGAUAAUCAUACAACAUCGCGCGUCGUUGCCAACCCAAAACAUCUGAAAUUCCCCUACUUUUAAUGCAUUAACAAGUUCUAGUUUUGUUAAGUUGACAGCAGAAAUUUACCAAAUGCAACAUCAUCCUAAAUAUAGCGUAAAAAUACUAUAUUGACAUGUGAAUCCUCUGCUUGGAAUUGAUACUGUGAGACUGAUACUCAGCUGAUGCUGAGACAAACUACAUGAGAAAAGUGAUACCAGUGAUACUUUGACAAUUUGUCACUGACACUGACGUGAACCCUCUACCUGGGAUUCAUCUUGAUUUUUUCCUAAAUAAUCACAAAAGUGUAUUCUGAAUAGACCACAAACAUCAAUACUUAUUUAAUGUCUACUUCUAAUAUAGGUAACUAUCAACAUAUUAUACAGUUAACCAUAUAUCUGUUUUCCUCAGAAUUUGUCAAGUUAGGACUGAUUUCCACAUACAGUCAUGAGCACAAAAAGUGGGACACCCAACUGACAGGUCUAGUAUUUUUUCGCUAUUUUUGCCCAAUCAGUCUUUUCUCUGCAAUCGAUUUUUUGACUAACAUGACAAUCCCUGUCAUUCCCGUAGGUAUAGCUGGUGAGCCCGUUUUACAAUAGAAAAAAACGGGUGUCUCAUUUUUUGUGCUCACGACUGUACAUGUCGUAAAAAUCUUCUAUUCCGUAUGUACAGUCAUGAGCACAAAAAGUGAGACACCCGACUGACAGGUCUUGUCAUUGUCGCUAUUUUGCGUAAAUCAGCCUUUUCUCUACAAUCGAUUUUUUGUCAAAUAUGACAAUCCUUGCCAUUGUCAUAGGUAUAGCUGGUGAGCCCGUUUUACAAUAGGAAAACACGGGUGUCCCACUUUUUAUGUUCACGACUGUACAUAAUUUUUUCCACAAGCAGUUUUUAUCGUAUUCCACAAUAACUCCCUUAUUAUCCCAUUUUUUUGUUAUCAGAUUCUGUAAGAAUACAUACAUUUUGACAAGGAGGCCAGAAUUGAUAGGAAUUAAAAUUUUUGCUGAUUUUUUAUACGGUACAACCUAGAUUAUACAACUCACUGUACGUCAAAAUUCUAACCAAUAAAUCAAUUUAGUGCAGUGGCGUACGUAAUAUUUUUUAUGAUCGUGCUACUGCCAGAACCUAUAUAGGGCUAAAGCAGCUUGAAUUGUCUUACCUUAUGCUAUCAUUUCAUUUGGCUCUUGACUUUUCGUCAUUGUUAAACAUAUGGUAAACCAGUUUAACAAACAAUUAUUUUUUUCCUUUAUAACACUUUGUUAAAACUAUUAUGUUCACCACUGAUUUAUCAAUCUGACAAGAUUUUGACAUUACCUGUGUGUCAAAGAAGUAAAAUUUUGACACAUUACGGGGGACGUUUAUAAAGUGUGUGCCAAUUGCAAUGAUUCUCACUGUACAUUAUUCCCAUAUGACACGAAAGGCUUAAAAAGUGAUAAGCUUUUUGGGAUUAUCGCGCUUGGUGGCAAGAGAUGAAACAAAACUUUUUCUAUAAAUGUUGCCACCAAACGCGAUAAUCUCGAAAAGCUUAUCACUUGUUAAGCCUCUCGUGUCAUAUGGGAACAAUGUAUAGCGUAUUAAAGUUUAGUUCGUUGUAUAACCUUUUGGAUACCACUCGAUGUUUCAGGAUUACAUAAUACUUUCACCCGACACUCAACGCGUUACCAGCAGUGUUGCUGCGUGACGCGUUUCGUGACAGGUAAAAGUAUUAUCCGGAAUCCUUAAGCCUCAAAGCCGGAUCAUAGAAUCUGAAGAAAUCUACCGAACAACGGUUAAAUGUUUUCAGACUCGUUUGAAAUGGGCAGAUGGGCAGAAUAAAAUUCUGAAACGAACAUUUUUCUUUUAAGGCCCGUUUUAUUUAUCUUCAGAUAAAGUUGCUGGUAACUAUUUGCAAGAUAAAUUUAUUGUUCUAUAAUUCUAUUGGUCGGCGGAUAACUGGUUGACCAAUGGGAUUACAAAUUGCGUUUUCAUCUGUCAAUUUAUCAGAAGGUGAAUAAACCGGCAUUCAAAGAAAUGACAAAGAAGGCCGACAUGGGAAAAGCAGCCAGUAUGAAGCAAAAAAAAUACAUUACAGAUCAUUUAUCAUCUGCGUGUUAUUGUACUGAGUAACUAUUGGCCAUUCCGAAGGUCUAUAGAUAUAAUUAUAAAAUGUUUUCUUCCUUUACUGAAUCAGAAUAAAUCCAAUGAAACAUGGGAGGUUCUCAAUCAUGUAGGUCUCAUUUGGUAAGGAUGCUCUGGAUUUUUUGACAGGACUGACAUGCUUCCAUGCAGUUCUGAAUAUCGCGCUCUUCACUGCAAGCUAAUAAACUGUCCCGGGAGGUUCUCCUUGAAGUUUUUACGAUUCCUUGAUGUGAUGCAUACUUACUCAAACUGACCCAAACUAACCCGUCCGCCUGGUGCCAUCUAGUCCUCGUAAGUUAGCAUUUUAUUGCAGACUUACUCAAUCUAACCCAAAUGCAAUUUUCCAAUAAUUAUUGAUUUUCGACAUGAAUUUGGAAUUACAGAAUUGUCAUAACUUAGCUCACGGUAUACAUUCCAGUAAGGAAUUAAAAUAUGUAAUUUUCAGGGUUUAAAGACUCAACAAGUAAGCAACCCUUUGUUGAUGUUCAUGGUUUAUGCCUAUUUGGAAGGUCUUUCCUUUGGUACCAUUCUUUUGGCACUCUCAGAACCAGCCAGAUCUACUAGAUUCAAUUUUGCUGUUGUAUUUUGAAUUUUGUUUUCAUAUUCCAAUGUAAAUAUGGCGUGUGAUCUUGAGCUGUUCGAGUUUUGUUUAGUUUGACCAGCAUGCCUGUUUUUGUUGCCUCUUUCCAGCAAAUUGCUGGCUUCUGUUACAUUUAUGACGCACAUUUCUUAAUUAAAUUGGGUGCAGUGAAACCUGAAAUUGGUAAAGGUAUUUUGUUGAUCGGAGACUUUUUCAUUGUAAAUUUCACAAAAAGUCACCCUAACUUGGAUUUCUUCAUUGUCGUUGUUUUCAGUGAAUAGUUAUUUGGGGGAUCUGGGAAUGAUUCCUUCUUUAUUAAUUUAUUUUAGUAUUUGUGAUUCAGAUCCCAUGGUAUACGUUUUUCCAGUACCAGUUUGGCCGUAAGCAAAAACAGUACCAUUGUACCUCAGUUUGAUGCGAUGCAAUGCUGAGGUUCUACUGCUUCCAAAUAUACUUUUUCUUGAUUUGAAUCCUCAGGAAAUACAUGGUGAACAUUGAAGAUUUGGUUUCGUUCUGUUACCACGAGCAUAGGAGGUUCUUUGCUGAUGAUUUGCAAAGAAGAAGACGCUGUAUUGCCCUGAGCUAAUACAGGCCUUAUUCAUAUGCAUACGUUAAUGUGCUCUUUUCUGAUAUCAAUUUUUCAUGAAAUGGCUCAAACAAAUCAUAAGAAUGCGAUUAAACUUUCUAUAUUAUGUUGAUAGUAGUUACCUAUAAGUAGACAUUUAUCAGUUUAAAAAUAAACGGCAUAAAGUAAACUUCUACGUUUAGAGAAUCAAAACUCAAGAGCCUGGAAUAAACAAUAAAUUAGACGAAAAAUGAGAAACAAAAUAGGCAGAGAGAAAAAAAAAACAAUAAAAAAUUACAAAAAAAAAAACAAUUUUUCCCCUUCCCAGCCCCACUUGUUCCACAAGUUCCUUAGUUAUAAUCCAAAUCCAGAUAACUUCAACUGGACAAUCCAAAAUCCUAUCUAAUCACGUGCGCGUCCUCCUUUGUCCUACAGUUAAAGUUACUGUCCCUACGAUCAGAGUUGGCACUUCUCGAUGCUUGAUCCACUGUCAUCGUUUUAUUGCUGGUUAUCGCCUGAAUAAAAUAAUAACCAACGAUGGAAAAGAUUUCAAAAGCGAAAUAAUUAACGAUUUAAGGAUUUUUUAUCACUAAGGACCAGUUUCAUAAACAGCGGUAACUACAAGACACUGGUAACCCACAAUAUAUUUGUUUCAUAAUGUGUGGCUGAGCCAAAAACAUUGGUCAAUCAUUAGAUUACUUAAGUCAAUCCUCAUUUUCCAAACUUGUGCAACUAGUAGUUUGAUUACCACCAAUUGUGAAAUUGGGCCUAAGAAAAAUGUAAUUUUAUUAGCUCAAAUCAAAUUAGACGUAGACAGUAGUUAUUUACAUUACAACUACAAUUAUUAAUUACAAUUGUGGAAUAUUUAUUCCCUAGAACUGUUUUAAUUGUCCUUAGUGCUAUAAAGAUUCCUCAAACUCGUCUCAAACCACCCAAUGAACAAUGAAAAAUAAAUAAAAAAUAAAAUGAAAAUUACCUUGUAACGCGACAAAAACUUGAAAUCGCUUCGGUCUGGGAAAUAACUGUGCAAAAUACCUUCCCGAAAAAAAAAAAAAAAAAAUGAAAAGCAACUCAAAACAACAUAAGCGCAAGUGCAACAUGAAUAAUGAAAUUGUGCACCCGUUAUUCCUGGAAAAUCCUCACCUGUCCUCUUCAAUUUGACUUCCUUGGCUAAUCGUCUAUCGAUCGAACUCGAUUCGGAGCUGUCCAGAGCCUCGGCCGAAUCCGGAGUGUUGCCGGUCGAGUUGUUCGCCGACGAGCCGUCGCUCAGAAGACUCAGAUCUUGGGAUUUGGCUUCUGAAUUUACCAUCGACCAGGGGCGAGGUUUUUGCGACACUGCAGGUGAAGGCUUGAGCUUCAGAUGAGAUAUUGAGUCUUCUGUAAAGAAUUUAUUAUCAUUGUCAUUUAGUAUCAUCUACUAACCUAUCAAUCUUUUACCCCAUAAUAUCUUGUGUAUUUAUUGUUCAAUGAAUUUGAAAAACUUACCUUUCAAGCUAUCCGGAGACACUCCUUUUGACAGAGUACUGCUGGGAGAAUGAUCAAAAGUUGAUUCAGUCGCCAAACUGCCUUCGCUACUUUGUUGACUCACUAAACUAUCACCUAUAAAAAUAUUAAAAAUUAA